GUAUGAUCACGUGCCUCUCAAAACUGAAAGUAAAAGAAGGCCGGCAACUUCACACGAAAACAAAAAACAAAAUGAUUUUCUUGUUUAUAAUAACUGUGCAGUUCAGCAUUUUGAAUGCUAUGAAGCCAAACUUUAUUUUAAUGCUGAUGGAUGAUAUGGGAUGGGGUGACCUAGGAGUAUUUGGAGAACCCAACAAAGAGACACCAUUCCUGGAUCAGAUGGCAGAGGAGGGCAUGCUGUUUCCUGACUUCUACUCUGCCAAUCCAUUAUGCUCACCAUCCAGGGCUGCACUUUUGACUGGACGUUUACCAAUAAGGAAUGGAUUCUACACUACGAAUGACCAUGCACGGAAUGCAUACACCCCACAGAAUAUUGUGGGUGGAAUUCCAGAUGAAGAAAUUUUGCUGCCAGAACUUCUUCAUAAAGUGGGAUAUCAGAAUAAGCUAGUUGGAAAAUGGCACUUGGGUCAACAGAAACAAUACCUACCUCUCCAGCAUGGAUUUGAUGAAUGGUUUGGAGCACCAAACUGCCAUUUUGGUCCCUAUGACAACGUUCACACUCCUAACAUUCCGGUAUAUAGGAACUCAGAAAUGAUAGGGAGAUAUUAUCAAGAUUAUAAAAUUGAAAAGAAUGGGGAAUCCAACUUAACACAACUUUACAUGCAGGAGGCAAUAGAAUUUAUUACCAGGAUGCACAAUAAAUCCAAGCCAUUUUUCCUGUACUUGGCUGUAGAUGCUACCCAUGAACCAUUGUAUGCUUCCAAGUCUUUCCUGGGAACCAGUAAAAGAGGAUUGUAUGGUGAUGUUGUAAGAGAACUGGAUUUUGCUGUGGGAAAAAUUCUCACCACAUUAAAGAAGCUAAAAAUAGACAAUAAUACUCUGGUAUUUUUCUCCUCCGACAAUGGUGGUGCUACAUAUGCCAAAGAACAUGGGGGCAGCAAUGGACCAUUUCUGUGUGGUAAGGAAACAACAUAUGAGGGAGGUAUGAGAGAACCCACAAUAGCUUGGUGGCCAGGGCAUAUCAAACAGGGUCAGGUUUCAGCUCAGGUAGGCUCUUUAAUGGAUCUGUACUCCACGUUUGCAGAUUUUGCGGGCGUCGAUAAACCAAAGGACCGUGUCAUCGACGGAAUCAGUCUUCGCACUUCAUUGCUUAAUCACACAGAAGUGCAGAGACCAUUGUUUUACUACCGUGGAAAUCAAAUAAUGGCAGUAAGAAUGGGUAGCUAUAAAGCUCACCUGUGGACCUGGACUAAUUCAAUAGAAGAAUUUAACAAGGGUAUAAACUUUUGCCCAGGACAAGAAAUUAAGGGUGUGACCACACAUAACCAAACUGACCACACCUCUCAGCCUCUUUUGUUUCAUAUUGGAAGGGACCCUGGAGAGAGAUAUCCAAUCAGUGCCACUAGCCCUGAAUACAAAAAGGCAAUGCUUUUGUUAAUGAAAGAAAUACAGGAUCAUAUGACAAAGCUGGUGCCAGCCACUCCACAACUUAAUAUGUGUGACCAGGCAGUCAUGAACUGGGCUCCUGCUGGAUGUGCCAAAGGAAAGAACAAAUGUUACAAAGGACCCCCUUCUAAACCUUACAAGUGUAGCUGGCCACAUUAGCACUGUAUAUCAUGAAGUUCUAGGGUCAGUGAUGUAACAAUUGAAACAAACUAUACAUUAAAAUUUUAUGUUCAUAGUGCCAAGAGAUAAGGAUUGUGCAAUAUCUAUAAUCAUUCCACUUACUGCAUACAGGAAAUUUUUCACCCCCUUUUUUUAUUUUGCCAAUUUCUCCCUUAUCACAAGGGAAACAAAAGAAAACAGGGAAAAUUCAAAGAAGACUUUAUUUUUUUUUAUUUCUCAAACAGGGCAAACUUGUUUUCAGGGGUGAAAGGGCAAGAAAUGGGAUGAGAAAUAAUCUUGUAUACAGUACUUGUUAUUUCUUCCUUAGAACCUACCCUUGAGAGAGCUAGGGCAUUACAUUUUUGACAUAUCCGUCAUUCCGGUUUUUUUUUAUUUAAAUAUACUUUUUUUUAAGCAAGUCAAUGGACAUUAAUCUGAAUUUUCAUUUUAUGGACUUGUGUCAUAUCGAUUAUGUUUUACAAAUAUUUUAUUUCUUUGUCUUUAGGGUUACCGAAAAAUA